CCCGCAGCGACACCCGCCACCGACCUCAGCUGACCCGGGACACCGACACCCAUCCGGGCCGCCGCACCGGAGAUCGCCACCCGGCACCUUCAACCGAGCCUCAGCAGGCCGGGGGAGCCCGCACCGGCACCCCCCCCCACCCAUCCCCGCAGGGCCGCGCGUUCUCCGGUGCCUCCCGGCGCUGCUCCCGCCGGGCCCGGAGCUCGGGGCUGUGAGGGAAGCGGGCCCGGCACUGCACGGAGCCAUGGCCAUCGCCGCCGUGCCCGCGGCCGAGUCCCGGCUCUGCGGCAACUGCAAAAAGGAUAUUCCUGCAGUCAAUUUUAUCAUCCACGAAAUCCACUGUAGAAGAAACAUUGAAAUAUGCCCUUACUGCAGCGACUCCAUCCCAAAGUCUGAGAUGAAGAACCACAUUGAGUCUGAGCACGUGCAGGUCACCUGCAAGUGUAGGAUGAAGAUGGAAAACAGCCUCCUGAAGGAUCACGAGGCGUCCUCGUGCCCGCUGCGCCCUGUGCUCUGCCAGUUCUGUGACAUCCAGCUGGCCUUCAACAAACUCCAGGAGCACGAGCUCUACUGCGGGGCCAGGACCGAGCCCUGCGGGCGCUGCGGCCGCAACGUCCUGGUCAGGGAGCUCAAGGAGCAUCCCCGGCUCUGUGGGACAGAGGAGAGGGUGGACAAGGGCAGCGGGACAGCUCCAGGAUUCGGGAAUGAGGAUGGAGGCGUGAGGAGCCGGCAGGGAGCAGGGGAUGAGCUAGAGAGACCUGAAGUCCUUCAUUCCCAGCUUCCUGAAGACUGGGACGGUGACCUGGACUAUGUGUUGGCUCUCAGCCUGCAAAGUGAGAAUAAUCCUCACCAUAAUACUGCAGCUGAUGAUCCCAGGGAUUUCUGGGAAUACGACUACACCAAAGAGCCUGGACAAUCUGCCCAUGGUGAUGGAACAGACCUGUCCAACAUCAUCUCCUGUGACUCUCCAGAGUCCUUUGGCACAUCAAACCACAGCAAAAUAGAUGAGGAGAUGAUCAUGUUGCCCUGCGAGUUCUGCGAGGAGCUGUGUCCUGCUGAAGAUCUGAUCCUUCACCAGACAGGGUGUAACCCAGCAAGUGCCUUUGCCUCGUUCAGUAAGAGAAGUUCUUCUCCAAUUCCAUGGGAGUACAGUGGUCUGCGAGCUGGGAGGUCCAACAGCCACAGGAGUGUCCCUUCAUCCCAGCCCCAAGCUGUCCAGGCAGAAGGAGACCUCAUGAUUCCGUGUGAAUUCUGUGGCAUCCAGCUGGAAGAGGAGAUUCUCUUUCAUCACCAGCACCACUGCGACCUGCGCCCUGCCAGCCCCACAGGUGACAUUCCAGCUCGGGAGCUGCCGGCUCCUCAGCCCCACGGGGACGGAUGGGAAUCGCCGGAGCCGGCUCGGCGGCGGAUCCGGCACCAAGGCGAUGUGGCUCCUUGGCACGCAGAAGGCUUUGGGAAGCUGGGGCUGCGCCCUGCUGCAGGGAGCAGGCUGAGGACGGAGGUGGCCAAGGCCGGGAACGCGGCGUUGUCCCCUCCAGGGAGAGCCGGGGACGCUCCGGCCACGCGGGGGAAGCCCGGGAGGGGGAGUGGCAGCGAGGGGACACCGAAGGACAGAGGUGACUCUGGGACAGCACCCCAGGCAAGACCUGCUCAGCACUUGCAGGCAGAAACCUUCACUUCCAGCUCCUCCAGAGCUCCUCCAGCCCAGCCAAGCUCCGGCGCCGCGGGAGGAAGGAGCCUGGGGCUGGCAGGCGGGAGCAGCGGCCUCCGGCGCCGGAGCUCCAAGGCAAAAGCGCAGGGCCCAGCAGCCGGACACCCGGAGGAGUGAGCCCGAGGAAAACGUGGAGCGCCCGGCCCUGUUCCCAGGCUCUGCCGGACUCGUCGGUCCAAGCGCAAGCAAAUUCUGACAUUGAGCUUCAGUUUUUAGGCAGUGACCAUUUUCUAAAUCUCUCUUUUUAAUCUGUGAGAGCAAAGUUCAGGUUUUUAUGUUUCUGAUGGCCUCAAGCACCACCCCCAAGGCAUCAAAUUGAGUCUCACCUUGGGCCCCACCUGAGUUCUGUGUCCGUGUGGGCUCCUUGUGCUGCUCUGCGAUGGGAUUUGUGCCACCCCGAGCUCUGGGUGUGUCCUGGCCUGGAAUGUUCUGGCACAGCCGGUGCUCCAGACCUGUCCCUCACACAGCAGGGUGAGGGUUGGGGCUCCAAGGCUCCUCAGUGCUGCAUUUUCAAGUUAAAAGCUUUUCAAGUUCCUUGGAAUAAAAUUUCUCUGAUGCUGUCCCAAACGGUUGUGCGGUGGCCUCUGUCCCCUGGGGUGACACGGGACCACAGCCCCUGGCUCCCCCUUGGGAGGAUCCAUUCCCUGCCGUUACUCCCUGCCCUGGCUUCUGUUGGAAUCCCUGGGAUUUUGGGAAGUGGAGCAGGUCCUGGGUAGCCCUGUGAGCAUCAGCCUCAUUAAGGAGGUGCAGCAGAUGGCACUGGCAGGGAUAAUUGGCCACUCUGGGGCA